AGCUCUGUGAGCUAUAGGUACAUUUGUCUUUCAUGCAGAAAGUACCCCAGAAUUACAAAACACAACAGGUGCUAUCAAAAUGGCCAGGCUCACACUUAUUGCAGGAUUGUGCCUGGUGCUGUGUCACUUUGCAACUUCCAGGCAACUGGCGUGUUAUUUCACCAACUGGUCUCAAUACCGACCUGGAUCUGGGAAGUACAUGCCUGCUAAUGUAGACCCCUUCCUGUGUACACAUCUGAUUUAUGCCUUUUCUAUGAUUAACCAUGCCAAUGAACUUGUCACAUAUGAAUGGAAUGAUGAAACCCUCUACCAAUCCUUCAAUGCUUUAAAGAAAGCUAACCCCUACCUUAAAACUCUUUUGGCUGUUGGUGGAUGGAAUUUUGGCUCAACUCAGUUUUCCAUUACGGUCUCCUCAUCUGCCAACCGUCAAAAGUUCAUCCAGUCAUCCAUCUCAUUCCUAAGGACACAUGGAUUUGAUGGUCUAGAUUUGGAUUGGGAAUACCCAGGUUCCAGAGGUAGUCCUCCUGAGGACAAACAGAGAUUUACUUUAUUGUGCAAGGAACUGGUGGAAGCUUAUGAGGCAGAAGCUAAAGCUACUGGACGGCCUAAACUCAUGCUUACUGCUGCAGUAUCUGCUGGCAAAGGGACAAUUGAUGCUGGAUAUGAAAUAGCAAAGAUUGCAAACUAUCUUGACUUCAUCAAUGUGAUGACCUAUGACUUCCAUGGUACUUGGGAGAGCUUCACAGGGCACAACAGCCCCCUUUAUAGGGGAUCUCAAGACUUCGGAGAUCUUGUUUACUUCAACACUGAUUAUGCAAUGAAAUACUGGAGGGACAACGGUACCCCUGUGGAGAAAUUGAGGAUGGGAUUUGCCACAUAUGGUCGUACCUUCCGCCUCACUUCUACAGCUACUGGAGUGGGAGCUCCAGCCAGUGGACCAGCCUCUGCUGGACCCUAUACCCGAGAGGCCGGCUUCUGGUCCUAUUAUGAGAUCUGUGGAUUCCUUCAAGGAACAAAACUUGAGUGGAUUGAGGAUCAGAGAGUACCUUAUGCUGUGAAGGGUGGUGAAUGGGUUGGCUUUGACACCAAGGAUAGCUUUGAGAUCAAGGUACAAUAUCUGCAAAGCAACAAGUUUGGGGGGGCUUUUGUUUGGGCUCUGGAUCUGGAUGACUUUGCGGGCGAGUUCUGUGGGCAGGGGAAGCAUCCUCUUAUGGGUCACCUACGCAAGCUCCUGGAUAUUGAUAUGCCUACACCACCUCCUACCACUACUCCCAAACCUGGUGAUACAACCACACCAAAGCCCACCACAACUACCACAACUACCACACAUGAACCUGGAAGUGGAUUCUGUGCUGGAAAGCCUGAUGGCCUUUAUGCUCACCCUGAUGACCCAGCUAAGUUCUAUAGUUGUGCUGGAGGUAAAACGUUUUUAGAGAGGUGUGCAGAUAAAACAGUUUUUGAUGACACAUGCAAGUGCUGUGUGUGGGCUAAGCCUUAAACUCAAUAGCUUUCGACAGUAAAACCUAAAUUAAUGCUGUACAAGAACAAUGCCACUUUAUAUUUAGGAAUUAAUAUAAGGUAAAAUUCCUGAAACAGUAUUGGUAGAACCCUUGAUGAACAGAACAAAUUGUGAUUAGUCUUAAUUUUUCUUCAGAGCACACACACACACACACACACACACACACACACACACACACACACACACACACACACACACAAACAGAAAGAACACUGUUGUUUACGGACCCGUGCCCAAUGUGUCUUUUUAAACAUUUUAAAUCCUGCUGUAAAUGUUCAUUAACAAUCAUUGAUAUUAAACUCUUAAAUAUGCUUUUAGUUUUGAAAAUUAUAAUGUUUAUACCACAUUAAUUUGUCUAUUUUUUGAGCAAUAAAACAAAUGUUUUGAAGCAAAGAC